AUGAGCAAGGAAAACGUGUGGGUCGAUAAACUAGAGGACAUAAAUCCGAAAUAUAGAAGUAAAUACGAAAAAUCACUCUGGCCACCCUCGAAUGUAAAUAAUUUGAAUUUAGAGAGAUGCAUGCGAAUAUAUCCGCAUUUUCAAGACACUGGUGGUUUUUUCAUUGCCGUACUACAAAAGACGGGUCCAAUUACCGAUAUUAGUCCCGUCGAUGAUUCGCCUUCCACUAAUAAAGAUGAUACAACGGGAGGCGCAUCUGUGACUUUCGAUGAUGACCACAAAGGUGUUGAAGAGACCGAAGACACGGACAAUGAAGAACUUGACAUUGCUACUUAUGAUGAUGUAAACGAGGACUCCGAAGACAAGGACAAUGAUGUGGCAGAUCAUACUCACAGAAAAAGGUCAAGAAUCUACUCGUCCGAUGGUGAUUUAAAUAAACGUGCAAAGACCAAGGAACUCAAAGACAGUAACAUCGAUCAGUCCACUCCGCAAAGAAAAGGGGGGGAAGAACCAUUCAUUCUCCUAGAACUUGAUAAUGAGGAUAUACCUAUAAUUAAAGAAUAUUACGGGUUAUCAGAGAAAUUUCCAACAGACCAGCUGCUUGUCCGUUCAACGAAUGAAAAGAACAGGACGAUGUAUCUCGUGUCCGAGUCUGUCAAACGCGUAUUGGAGGCAUCCGAUAGCAAAAGAUUAAAGGUAGUAAACACCGGCAUAAGAACAUUUACGCGUCAAGAAACUAACGAAGCGAUCAAAUGCGAGUUUCGAUUUAAUUCGGAGGGAAUGUCAACAAUUUAUCCUUUUAUAUCCAACAGGAGAGUCGUUGAGUUUGAAUUAGAAGAUCUCAAAAUAUUAUUGUCGGAACCUACUCCUCUCAUAGAGCGAUUCGAUGAAAAAAUCAAAACGAGGCUAAAGGAAUUAG